AAUAUAAUUGUUCCCCCAAACGAACAAAUUCAAUUUCUCAUCAUCACAUUGGACUGACGACUGGCCUUUUCCUGGUCAGCCUGUUCCAGUCACCAUGACUGACGUGGAGCAAGGAAAGAUGCUCACGGGCAGGCAAUCGCACUCUCAGGUGGCUGAAGAGGGCGUUUCCCACUUGAAAGAUACGCGUGAGCCGACAUCGCGCACGUCAGGUGUCUUCGAGAAGAUCGAGAGGGUCUUGAGGAAGGGGCGUGUAGAGGCCAAGGGUAUCCAUCCUGUCCCAGUGGAAGACCGUACAUCAACGAGAUACUGGAAUAUCUUCACAGUCUGGUGCUCCAUGAACACCAACAUCCUGGGUGUUUUGUUUGGGCUCUUGGGUCCUCAGGUGUACGGCCUCAGUCUGCGAGACUCUGCCUUGGUCAUUCUCUUUUUCUGCAUGCUCUCUACGUGCGCGCCAGCGUAUCUAGCAACCCUCGGGCCCAAGACUGGCAUGAGACAGAUGAUCCAAGCGCGGUACAGCUUUGGGCGCUACCUCGUCUCGAUACCGGUGCUGCUCAAUUUGGCAACGCUGACUGGUUUCAUCAUCAUCAUCUGUGUCAUUGGCGGCCAGUGUCUAUCCGCCAUCUCGGACGGCUACCUGACGCCAAACGCUGGCAUCGUCGUCAUCUCCCUCCUGGGACUUCUCAUCUCAUUUUGCGGCUUUCGCGUACUGCACUACUACGAGACCUACGCCUUCAUCCCCGCCGUGAUUACAAUCGCCAUCGCGACUGGCUGUGGAGGAAGCGAUCUCAAGAAGCAGGCAGAACCCCCGAGCCCCGGUGCUGGGCAAUAUGUCACAUAUGGCAUGGUUGUCGCCAGUUACAUGAUUCCCUGGGCCGCGAUUGCAAGCGACCUGACGACGUACUUUGAUCCUCGAGUGCCCUCGUGGCGGGUGUUCGCUUACACUUGGUCUGGUCUCGCCCUGCCGACCAUUCUCCUCAUGACGCUGGGCUCCGCCAUUGCCGGUGCCCUGCCCAAUGUGCCUGAGUGGCAGACAGCCUACGAUGAGAAUCUUGUGGGCGGCAUCCUGGCUGCCAUGCUGAAGCCAACUGGUAGCUUUGGCAAAUUCGUCGUUGCCGUGUUGGCGCUGACGCUCCUUGGCAACACCGCAGGCACAAUGUACGCCAUCACGCUCAACUUUCAAACCCUGGUCCCUUGGGCCGUCAGGAUUCCUCGAUAUGUGUUCGCCGUCGUCGUCACCGCAAUCAUCAUUCCAGUCGCUGUGCGCGUGGUCUCGGCCAACCUCCUGCUGAGCCUCGAGAACUUCAUCGCGCUUAUCGGGUACUGGUCAGCUGCGUAUACGGGCAUCGCCGUCGUGGAACAUGUCGUCUUCCGCAGAAAGUAUUUCAGCAAGUCGGGCAAGGUCCCCUAUCCUGACGCGUACGACCAUGCCAUUUGGAGCCAGGCGAGCAAGCUACCCACAGGUCUGGCAGCCAUUGGAGCCGCCCUCCUGAGCUGUGGUCUGCUUGUGCCAUGCAUGGCUCAAGUCUGGUUCACGGGACCAAUCGCAAAGACGACGGGCGACCUUGGAUUCGAAGUGGCUUUUGUGCUCAGCGCAAUCCUUUACGUGCCAUUGAGGUCUAUCGAGAGACGCUGGAUCGGGCGAUAGACGGUCGAGAUAGAUAACGCCAGAAGCAGCAAUAUUAGUAGAUUCUUGAGACUUCAACGUUUGUUGCGUCCGUCGCAAACCAUUCGCGAAUCAAUCGGUGCAGCGGUAUGGCCAAGCCUCCAAAUACAGGCUUGAC